AUGAGCCUGAAUUCGCGUUACUGCUAUCCUGAGGAAACUUCGGCAGGAACCAGCUACCAGAUGAACCGCUACGAGCCUCCACCAGAGUUUCCUCUGGCUUCGCCCUAUUCAGGCAUAGUUCACCAUCUUUCGGGUCCCAACAGCUACGCUCUUACUCAAAUCCAUCCGAAGACUUCAGGAUCGGUCGAUGGUGCACCCGUAAAGGUUCCACCUCCGUUCGCUUUCACUUCGCGCACGGGUUUGACACCGAACACUCGCGUAGAUGUUAGACUCCUUGGUCCGUGUUUCAAGACGGGUCGCUUACGACCAUUAUGCCAGCGUCCGAGCCGAAGCGCGUUCCUCGGUCUAGGCGGGUCGCAUUGCACCCUCGGCUAUAAGACGCCCCCUAGGGGCGUUACCUUCCGAGGGCCUUUGACCGACCGCCCAAACCGACGCUGGCCCGCCCGCGAGGAAAUACACCGGCACGAAUGCCGGCUGAACCCCCGCGAGCGAGUCUGA